AUGGACCACGCACACAUGGAUCACUCCCACAUGGACCACGCGGCCAUGGACCACAGCAACAUGGGCGGCCACGGCGGUAUGGGCGGCGGCAUGGGCGACCGCUGCAGCAUGAGCAUGCUCUUCACCUGGGACACAAACAACCUCUGCAUCGUCUUCCGCCAAUGGCACAUCCGCUCGACUGGCGGCCUCAUCAUCUCCCUCCUCCUCGUUGUCGCCCUCGCUGCCGGCUACGAGGCCCUCCGCGCCGCAUCCCGCCGCUACGAGCAGUCCGUCAACAAGCGCGUCGACUCCCUCCCGAGACGCGAACAAGCAGAGGCCAGCAGGACCGCCCACAUCAUCAAGGCUGCCCUGUACGCCGCGCAGAACUUUUACGCCUUUAUGAUUAUGCUUAUCUUUAUGACUUACAACGGCUGGGUGAUGGUUGCAGUCGCCGUCGGCGCCUUCGUCGGCUACGUCAUCUUUGGGAACUCGACCUCCUCCACAAAGGACAACGCCUGCCAUUGA